AUGGCACCCUCAUUCGAGGAGCCAACGGCUGAAUACUUCGCAGCGCCGUCAAAAAUGGCGCCGAAUCUGGUGGCUCCCGAACCAGAACAUUGUCCAGGCCCCGAGUCCGAAAAGGCAGGCCAAGGGGAUGCCUGCGCCGGCUGCCCUAACCAAUCCAUCUGUGCUUCCGCGCCCAAAGGCCCCGAUCCAGACAUCCCGAUAAUCGCCGAACGUCUUUCGCAAAUCCGACACAAGAUCCUAGUCCUUUCUGGUAAAGGCGGUGUCGGAAAGUCGACCUUUUCUUCUCUCUUGGCCCAUGCUUUCGCGGCAAAUCCCGACUCGACAGUAGGAAUCAUGGAUACCGACAUUUGUGGACCGUCAGUUCCCAAGAUGAUGGGAGUUGAGGCGGAAACGAUUCAUGUCAGUAACGCGGGUUGGAGUCCAGUUUGGGUGACGGAUAAUCUGGGAGCCAUGAGUGUGCAGUUCAUGUUGCCUAACCGGGAUGACGCGGUCAUUUGGAGAGGUCCCAAGAAGAACGGGCUUAUCAAACAGUUCCUGAAGGAUGUGGACUGGGGCGAGUUGGAUUAUCUGAUUGUGGAUACACCUCCAGGUACUUCAGACGAGCAUCUGUCGGUGAAUUCGCUCCUUAAGGAGUCUGGUGUUGACGGGGCCGUGGUGGUGACCACUCCCCAGGAGGUAUCAUUGCUGGAUGUCCGCAAAGAAAUUGACUUCUGUCGCAAAGCCGGCAUCCGUGUUCUGGGCUUGGUAGAGAAUAUGUCGGGAUUUGUUUGUCCAAAGUGCACCCACGAGUCUCAGAUUUACCGAGCCACCACCGGAGGCGGUCGACGACUCGCAAAGAAGAUGGGCAUUCCCUUUUUGGGGGCGGUUCCUCUGGACCCCCGGGUUGGCAUGGCCUGUGAUUAUGGCGAGAGCUUUGUGGACAAUUUCCCGGAUAGUCCGGCGUCGCAGGCGAUCAAACAGGUCGUGCGCUCGGUCGGUCAGCUGAUCGGAGAAGACCCAGAUCAGGUUCUGCCUGAAGAUAUGGUUGAGUGA